AAAAUGUAACAAGUGUAUACAGUUCAUUGCUGAACACUGCUGACAUUGACGCUCGUGAGAGGAAAGGACUGGUUUUGUAUGAUAAUAAUUUGGAGUAUCGACUUUGUCAAUCGUUGUUUCUAUAAACAAAUAAAACAAGGAAAAAGAAAUAUCAUCUGUACCAUAGAAUAUGGAAGCGGAACCACUAGAGCUAGAAGAUGGCGAGAUCGUCGACGACGAGCCGAGUGAUAUCUUCGAAACAUAUAAAAUACUGGAAAGACCUCACAUAGCACCUCCCACAGAUACAUAUGCAAAAAUGCGAUACAGUGAUGAAUCUGAUGAUUCUGCAGAUUCUGAAAGUGAUUCUGACUCAGAUUCUGCGCUUACUAAUAUUAAAAGACCUAAACUCAAGUUAAAAAAGCCUAAAAAUUCAUUAAAGGGCUGCACAGCUAAGAACGAUAAAUACAAAGUAUGGUGUACACAAAUGCAAGAAGAAGUUUUAACUGAAGACUUAAUAUCUUGUGGUGUUACGCAGAAAUUGUAUCAAGAACGUAGUGUUGAAAGUUAUAACUUUACUCUGCGAUAUGCACAUAAUGGCAGAGAAUCUCAUAAUCAAAAUAGUUCUGAUGAUGAAAAGGAUGAAUGCAGAUUUACGAACAAAAGAACGAAUUCAGACAGACAUAACCUGAAACUUAGAUUAGGAAAAAGAAGAAACUCUAUGGAUUACGACAGUCCAAAAGGUUCUGUUAGGAUAAUAGCAGACCUAAGCAUAACUAUGGAAUCAACAGAUGCAGAUGUUGCUACUGACAUAACAACUAAACUUAAUGAGAAAAAAGAACUUCUCAUAAGACGAGUGGUGGAUAUAAUUGGUAAAGAAAAAGCUAUUGAUUUCUUUCAAAAAACGAAGAAAAUUGAAGAAGAUGGCGGAAUGUUAAUAAUGAAUGGAUCUCGUAGAAGGACAGCUGGUGGAGUAUAUUUCUGGUUGGUAAAAAAUGACAAACAUAUCCCUCAAGAAAAAAUAAGAGAGAUAUUUUAUUACGAUCAAAAAGAAAGCAGCGAACAAAGAAAGAAAAUUGACGUGAGGAGACAAAAAACACAGGAACUGAUGAGAAGUUUUGAAAAUGGAUCCGAAAAAGAUUUACCCGCGUUAUUGACAAGAGCGGAGCUUUCGACCAGAGAAAUCGCGGAGGAGGCAAGAUUACGACGUGGCGAAGGCAUGGAUAGAAUGCCAGUAGAUUCCGACCGCACGGUAUCGAAUCCACCACCCAGUCCUGUAACGGAUGAUCCAGACCAUUCUGAAAAUCCACUGGUACAGAGACACGUUCAAGAUUACUCUGACGAAUUUCUCGACAUUGGAGUAGACAUAGAUAGUAUGGAAGUACUCUAAGCCCGUGUCCUAAACCUUAUGUUUGCAUAUACCGCGACAGUAAAGUGUACAAAUAUAAGUAAUUAUAAUCGAUUGCAUGAAUAAUACAUAUGUGCAUAAUUUGUAUAGGUUGUAUAUCAUGUUCAUAAACGAUAAAUAGACUAAAAAUAGCGA